UCCAGGAGCCAGCCCAAAAUAUCCUCAUUGAACGUCGCUCGUCAGGACCUGACGUGAACUCAGUUCCUACUCCCGAAGAGCAAGAAAACACGAUGCUCCAGGCUGCCUGGCUUGACCUCCAACUCAGCUAUGAUCUGACCUCGAUGGAUAUAGACAUCGACUUGGAGUGUCUUGGCAUACUGGAACAGCAGAUGUUCGAGCUCUCGUUGGCUGCAGGAGCUGCAGGAAAUGAACAAUGGGAAAAAGACGCUGGUGCACACCAAGACCGAUGGAAUCCCAGAAUUUGAAGGAGAAGUAGACGUGCGUCAUCAUCGCUUUCAUCGCGGAUCAGUCUGACAUGGUUCGACAAAAAAACCAAACCGCGGCCACGACCAAGGAAGAUACACAAGGCUUCAUAGGCUGGGGCCUCGUAGUAGUAGUUUGUACUCUUAAAGCACCGGUAUCCGUUUGCACAGGUUGCUGCAGAACGUGGUCGAGGAGAUGUGUGACAGGGAAGUCAGGCAAGGCAUGCAACCAGCAAAGACAGGUGUUGAAUGAUAGGCGGAGGCAUCGAGGC